AUGAUAAAUGCGAAUGUAGCCAGACGUGCACUGCCGGCAUUAACCACAGCGUCGUCCAGCGGCGCUUCCACAGCCUCCGCAACUGGGGACACAAGCACCUCCACAUCUUCAUAUGCCGUGCCGACCAUCACUCCGCCCUCGGCAAAGGGAAACCCCCACAUAUGGACAUCUGACAAACCCUCGGGAACUGUAUUCAUAGCAGUAGGGUCGGUUGUUGGGUCCAUUUUAUUGGCCAUUGUGCUGAUGUAUCUUGUUUCCGCUUAUAUCUCACGUCGGCACACAGAAAAGCAGCGUUACGACGUUAUAGACUCCGAAUUCCAAUCAUACAUGAAUUCACAUAGUGGCGGGAUGUUUGACCACGAGAAAUUUCAGUUUGGCGUGGGCAAGAAAAGAUCCUCUCGCAUGAGUCCCACUCGUAGCACAAUCCGUCUGCUGGAUGCCCAAGAGCCGUCUGAACAACCACUCGCACUUUCACCUCAUGCAUCUAACACUUCAAUACCACAGGAGUUGUAUUCGUCUCUUCAAGAUCAAAAUGCUGCUCUCAACCGAAAGUCGUUGUUUAUCUCCCCGACCGUGGAAAUCGUCAACCAGCAACGCAAGGCCGUUCUACAGAAUGGCAAUAAUUCUUCGCCUUCAUUAAUAUCUGAACCAGGAUCCGACCUCAGUAAGCCCGAACGAGCAGCAUCCCCGGAGAGAAGAAAAGCCCCCCAAACGAGACACAAAUCUAAUCUCAGUUCUUCAGUUGUUUCUGCCAAGAGUAGCAGUAACUCUCCCGAGAACAUCCAGUUGCAAGACUCGGCAAUACAGAGAGCGAAGGUACCCUCGCAGUAUUUGGAAGAACUACUUGAACACAACUGA